UUUCUCAUUAUUGAAAAAUCACUUCUCUCUCUACCUUGUUUAUUUUUCUCUGGGUCAUUGUAAGGCAUGCAUGAAGUUUGAGAUUAACAAAGAUAUAUACUUCUUCUGUUCUAUGAGCUGUUUGGUUGCUAAGAAAGUUGAGAAAGAGAAGAGAUUGCAGUAUCUUGAUUACUCAUGAUCUUAAUUUCAUUUUCUUUUUUAUUCUUUUCCUCAUUUUUACUCCAAUAUUGAGACUUGUGCUCUGGGAUCUCAAGGAGAGACAGGGAGAGAGAUUUCGGGACCUUUUUUUUAUAUAUAAAAUAACAAUUAUUUUUUUCAAGAUCUAAUCCUUGUCAGUAGCUAACCACUGUUGUUGUUGACCUUUGUCUUUGCAAAUGCUACGGCAGUAAUUUAUUUUCUCUUUCUUUUGGGUUUGGUUAAACGUGAAAUUCUCAAAUAGUCUCUCUCAGAUCUUGCCUUGUGAAGUAUGAAUCAUUAAUCUGUUUGAACAUUUCAAUCCUUUAGCUUGAACACAAUCAAUGUUCAAGUUUUAGACUUAUCUCUGCACCCCAUUACAAAAACUGUUUCUUCUUUUUCAAUCAAUUGUGUUGGAAAGCAUCGGCGCGUGGCGGUGCGUGUAAGACAGUUUGCUCCUGGAUCUUUCACCUUGGUCAGAGCCCAUUUUGUGAAUUGCUCCAUCUUUGCUUUUUUAAGUUUGUAAGCCGGCCAAAUGCCAAGAUCAAGGGGAUCAGAAGUGCCUCAAAGGCAGUCUCCUCGGCUGAGGUCAUCGAGUUCUGAAUCUGAACCACUGCAUCAUCGGCCCAUUACUGAUCGGAGCCCUAAGGUAGGAGAACGUCGUUCCCCAAGAAGUGCUCCCCAAUCUGACCCAGUAAACCAGAAGAAGCUUGGUACCCGGAUUGCAGAUUUGGAAUCACAACUUGGUCAAGCACAAGAAGAGCUGAAGAAUCUGAAGAAGCAGUUGGCUUCAGCUGAAGCUGCAAAGAUAGAAGCUGAACAAGAACUGGAAAAGAAAAUCAAGAAACCAGCUGCUUUGGAUGCUGCGAAAGUACAAGAAAAGAACUCUGGAGAUGAAAUUCAAGAAGCUAAAAGGAUGGAUAGCAACUUAUGCAGAGAUGAAGUUCCUGAUGAAAAUCAGCAAGAAACUGAUGUGUUUGAAGUUCCAGUAGAGAAAGUGGCAAUUGAACCUAAGGUUGACCCUGACCAACUAGACGAUCAUAUGGAAAAAGAAACCAAACCAGUUAACAUAUCAACAGAGCCACAAGCAAUUACAGAGCCAGAGAAGCCAUCUCUUCGAGACUUGGUUUUGAAGAACCAAGAGAUAAACAUGCUUAAAUCCAAGUUAGAAGAGAAAGAAAAGGACAUAGAGGAGUUGGGUCAGGCAAAUGAGGACUUGAGGACUCAACUAAAUGAAGCAGCCUGGAAGUUGUCAUCUGCUCAAGCCAAGGAAGAGGAAAUGACCCUGAGGUUGAAUCAAAUUGGAGAAGAGCUAGAAGCAAGUAAAAGGAAUGCUGCCCAGUCAAAAGAGAAGCUGGAAUCUAUGGAGGGCGCAAAGGAAGCAUUGGAAGCAGAGAUGAAGAAGAUGCGAGUGCAGACAGAGCAGUGGAAAAAGGCAGCAGAUGCUGCAGCAGCAGUACUUUCCGGUGGAGUGGAGAUGAACGGGAGGAUUUCCGAGAGAUGUGGUUCCAUGGACAAACACUAUGCUGGUGUGUUUGGGCCACUUACUGGUGGUUACACUGGUUUUGUUGGAUCACCUGGAAUGGUUGAUGAUCUGGAUGAUGGUUUUGGAAGUGGAAAGCGCAAGGGUUCUGGCAUGAAAAUGUUUGGAGAUCUGUGGAAAAAGAAAGGCCAGAAGUAAGUCUUCACAUCAGUUUUUAGUGUUCUGUAAGAUGCUGGUGGGGAAUGAUAUGGUUGCUUACCAUUUCAGAUUUUGUUGACAUUGUGUCUCGAUGUCAUGGCAUUUUCGCCUUCUGCUCAUGGGUUUGUUACUAUUAUCAUGUUAAGUAAUAUGAACCUCUUAGAUUAUAUUAGUACCUAAUGGUUUAUUUUAUGGGCAAGGUUUUGGGACCCUUAAUGAUACAGGCCAUUCAUCA